UUUUUAAUUUAAGUUCAUCGGUAGUUGAUUUUGCAUUCGUUUAGCUGAGCGUGGUGGCGGUGAACAAAUGGCGGUUUCAGCCAUCGCCGAAGAGGGCGAAGCUCCACUGCUCGGCGGCGCCGUCGUGGACUACAAAGGUCGUCCGGCCAGCCGAUCAAAUUCCGGCGGAUGGAAAUCUGCAUCUUUCAUCAUAGGUGUAGAAGUCACCGAGAGGUUUGCGUGCACUGGCAUAUCGGCCAAUCUCAUAAGCUAUCUGACCGGUCCGCUCGGCCAAUCGACGGCCUCGGCGGCCGAAAAUGUGAAUGCGUGGUCGGGGACUAUGUUCCUUCUGCCGCUUUUGGGGGCUUUUGUUGCCGAUUCAUAUCUCGGACGUUUUCGCACCAUCGUCAUUGCUUCCUUGCUCUACAUUCUGGGACUUGGCUUGUUGACCGUAUCUGCUGUGCUUACUUCUCUGAGCUCUUCUGAAAGCCAAAUUACAGCAAAACGAAUGCCAAUUUCUUCUCCAAAGGUCCAAGUUAUCUUCUUCUUCUUUUCACUAUAUCUCGUGGCAAUUGCGCAGGGAGGGCACAAGCCUUGUGUCCAGUCUUUUGGAGCUGACCAGUUCGAUUCACGAGAUUCAAAAGAGUGCAAAGCCAAAAGCUCAUUCUUCAACUGGUGGUAUUUUGGUAUAUCUGUCGGUACUUUGGCAGCUCUCUUGAUCUUGAGUUACAUUCAAGACUACCUUAGUUGGGGUCUUGGGUUUGGAAUCCCAUGUAUUGUCAUGGCUUUUGCACUACUCAUUUUCUUGCUUGGAAGUAGGACUUAUAGGUUUAGCAUUAAAAGGGAUGAGAAAAAUCCCUUUUCAAGAAUUGCUCAAGUAUUUAUAAAUGCAGCUAGGAAUUGGCGUACUACCCCUUCUGCAAAAGCUAUUGAAGAGGAAGCUCGGGGAAGCCCAACUCAUAACGGUUCUCAACAAUUCAAGUUUCUUAACAAAGCCUUGCUUGCACCCGAUGGUUCAGAGGCUGGUGUAAGGGUGUCUAGCAUCGGUGAGGUUGAAGAAGCAAAGGCAGUUCUAAGGCUGGUUCCCAUAUGGGUUACAAGUUUGGUUUAUGGUAUUGUAUUUGCGCAGUCCUCAACUCUCUUUACCAAGCAAGGGGUCACCAUGGACAGAUCGAUUGGAUCAAACUUCGAAAUACCAGCUGCUUCACUUCAGUCAUUUACUACGUUUACAAUUCUUCUCUUCAUUCCCAUUUACGAUCGCAUAUUUGUUCCUAUAGCAAGAGCUAUCACUGGAAAACCCUCGGGCAUAACAAUGCUUCAAAGAAUGGGAACUGGAAUGUUCAUAUCUGCAAUUUCCAUGGUAAUUGCAGCUCUGGUUGAAAGGAAACGACUCGAAACUGCUGAAGAAUAUGGGCUGGUUGAUAAGCCGGAGGAAACUGUUCCCAUGAGUGUCUUGUGGUUGGUACCACAAUAUCUGUUGUUUGGUAUUGCCGAUGUGUUCACCUAUGUUGGUUUGCAAGAAUUUUUCUAUGAUCAGGUGCCAAAUGAUUUGAGGAGUGUCGGUCUGGCUCUGUACCUCAGUGUCAUUGGCAUAGGGAGCUUCCUGAGCAGCUUUCUCAUCUCUGUCAUCCAGAAAGCUACCGGUGAAGAUGGUUGGUUUUCGGAUAACUUGAAUCGAGCACAUCUGGAUUACUUCUAUUGGCUUCUUGCUGCAUUGAGUGCAGUGGCAUUGGUUGCCUUCUUGUACUUUGCAAAAUCUUACAUAUACAAUCGAGGAAGUAAUAUUUGAAAUUGCUCAAGACCACAAUCAUCAUACUAUAUUGACAGAUAUAUGAUAUACAUGAUCUGGAAUUGUUCUGAGAAAGGUUUUAGAUCGACUUUAUAUCUUCCUGUGCAUUGUAUCUAAUUUAUGAAAAAUGCUAGAAUUGGAGUGCUUAUAUAUAAAAAUUGUAGAUAUUUCU